UCGACGCGGGCUAGGGUUUCAUUCCCGUUCACCACGUGUUUGGCACGUGCACUGGUUGCCUCGGAGCAAAGACGUUAGGGUUUCGGAGGGCAUAUAAGAGAGAAGAAGCUUGCGACGGCGAAAUCCUCGAGACCCCAAGUGUCGCCACCGCUCAGCCAACAUGGGUAUCUCACGGGACUCCAUGCAUAAGAGGCGCGCCACCGGAGGCAAGAAGAAGGCCUGGAGGAAGAAGAGAAAGUAUGAGUUGGGGAGGCAGCCGGCAAACACAAAGCUUUCGAGCAACAAGACGGUGAGGAGGGUCCGAGUCCGAGGGGGCAAUGUGAAGUGGAGGGCCCUUCGGUUGGACAGUGGGAAUUACUCGUGGGGAAGUGAGGCUGUGACGCGCAAGACCCGUAUCCUUGAUGUGGUCUAUAACGCUUCGAACAACGAACUUGUGAGGACACAGACCCUCGUGAAGAGUGCCAUCGUGCAGGUUGAUGCUGCCCCCUUCAAGCAGUGGUACCUCCAGCAUUACGGGGUUGAGAUUGGAAGGAAGAAGAAGGCCCCAACAGCUUCCAAGAAAGACGCAAUGGAGGAGGGUGAAGCCGCCGCAGAGGAAGAAAAGAAGAGCAACCACGUAACCAGGAAGCUGGAGAAGCGGCAGCAGGGGCGGAAACUUGAUCCCCACAUUGAGGAUCAAUUUGGUGCUGGAAGGUUGUUGGCUUGUAUAUCUUCUCGUCCCGGUCAAUGUGGGAGAUCUGAUGGGUACAUUUUGGAAGGAAAGGAGCUCGAGUUCUACACGAAGAAACUUCAGCGGAAGAAGGGCAAGGGCGCUGCCGCUUGAGGAAACUACUUAUUUCUCUGAUUCCAUCGCGAGUUUCAAAAUGCUAUAGUUAUGCACUUUAUUUCAAGCUUUGUUUUAGAAUUUGAGAGAUGUUCUCUUAUAGAAAUUUUGACAUUGUGAAAUAGAGAUGAGUUCAAACACUGUAUUAGACUCGCUUCUGAUGAAUCUCCCGUGGUAAAUUUUCUCUAUCGUCAAAAACCUUUUCAUAUUGUUGUUGUCGUUGUUAGUGGCUUGAUGAUUAAGAUCAUACAAACUCUCCAUGAUAAUUCCCUGAAUGUGAUCAUCUUUUGAUCCUACAACGAUGAGUGCCCCGCUCCACCGGCGGGGAGGACGAUUCCUCUACGGUGUUUCCUAUGCAUCAACAAUGGAGCCUCCAACCUUAUCAUCGGCACGAGGCUGCAGUCUCUCACAAGCUGGUCCUCUCUCCACUCUAACUCAACUCCCCCACCACCACCAAGAGUGCAUGUCGAGAGCCUCUAACCUUAUCAUCGGCAUGACGCUGCAGUCUCUCACAAGCUGGUCCUCUCUCCACUCUCACUCAACCCCACCACCACCACCAAGAGUGCAUGUCGAGUCCCAACUCUCGUCACCUAACGGCACCUCUCCGUCCCCAAUUCCCAGCUUCUACAUAUAUGCAUUACUCUUGGAGUGAGAGCUGCAAAGGAAAUCAUGAAGCACGAGCUAAGCCUCCUCAUCCUCCUUCCACCUCUUCUCUUCCUCGUUGCGAGCAGCUCGCCGCACCUCAUCCACGGCGUCGAGUUCCAGCCGACGGUGGUCGCCGGAUGCAACGGGACGAUAGCGGAGUGCCAUGCGGCGACGACGGAGCUCCUGAUGUACUCGGAGAUCCACCGGCGGUUCCUCCAGACAACGAACACGAUCACGUACCUGGUCUUAAACGCGGAUAAGUUGCCUUGCAGUGCCGUCGGCAAGCCGUAUACGACGAAUUGCAUAAAGCCUCGCUCCCCUAAUCCUCCGAACAGGGGUUGUAAUCCUAUUUACGGGUGUCGUCGACCUCAGAGUUCACCUGUCAGUGCGCUCCAUUGAUGGCUUUGGAUUCUUCAUAUUGCAAUGGAACUCCACUUUCCUACU